ACCAAAGAGCAGAGACCUGGCUCAAAAGAUCAGAAACAGAGUUUGGUGAAAAGAAAAUCAAGAAAUCAGAAUCAGAGAUGGGGGAGAAAUGGGAAGAAGAGUCUGGGGGUAGCAGAAGUUCCAGAGCAGAGUCUUAGGCCUACAGAGACCUUGGAAGGGAGAUUAAGCCCAAAGGAGACUGAGGAGAGGAGUGGGGAAUUAUUGGAGUCAGGGCAAAGGGAGAAAAGCUCUGUGGAAGCUCAAGAACAAAAGAAGAAUCUAGUAGAACCUCCAGAACAGGCUUCUGGGGGAUCUGAAAUGAGUUUAAACCCAGGAGAAGAAAGCAAAGGGACCUCAGGUGAACCUAGGACAGAACAGAAUAAAUCCAGGGAGAAGUCAGGCCUUUUGAAGACACAGGAAUUUCGAGCACUGAGUUCAGGGGUAACAGAGGCAGCAGAAAGGAGACUGAACCCAAGAGAGAAUGUAAAAAUGAGUUCUGGACUGAAGAAAGCACAGGACAGACUGAACUCUGGGAAGGCUCUAAAAUGGUGUCCUGAGGGAUCGGAAGCUGAAAAACAGAAGUUGGAGUUCUUAUAUCCCAGAUAUAAGAAGUUGCAGUCACCAAAGGCUGCUGAAAAACAAGCUGGGGAUGAAGGCAGGAUGGUAAGCUCCCUUAGAAGCCACUCCUCUGUGACCAGCUUUUUCCUACUCGAGAAAGUUAGAAUUGGAAACUCAGGGCCACAGCACCCCCUACCAUUCUCGGUACCUCUCCUAUUCCCUGCUCCACCAAUCCAGUGGACCCCAAAGAGCUGCCUGAAGAUUCUGUUCAGCGGGAUACACAGUAACCUGGGGUCUAGGCCUCAGGCAACCUCUCUCCUACCUAAACCCCAGCUCCCUGGCCCUGGAAAGAAGCAGUACCCCACUUCUGAGGAGGUAUCGGUGGUUGGGGAUUACAUCAGCCUCACCCGAAGCUGCCUGGCAAAGAGUUCCUCCGAGAGACGCCACAAACAGCUCAGAAUUUCAUUUAAGGAGCCAGUCCUGCAGAGCAUCUAUUAUUAUCCUUCUGAGAAUUCUAUGCUACCGAACAUGGGCUCUAUCUUGAUGUUUGUCUCCCCUCCUCCCAUGCAUAGGAAGAGGAGGAGAAAUAGGAGGAAUUACUGCCACCACCAAGGGAACAUGGAGAAGAAUUCAAGAUCAAGGUCUUGCUUGGGGAGUGGAGAACUGUGUCCUCUCAAGUGCUGAAGAUGGAACCUCACUUAUUAGAAGUUGAUGUGCUGAAAGAGCCCCCACAAAAUGAACUUCCAGGAGGAGAAACUUCCUUCUCCACCUCACUGUCCUUGUGCUGUGUCAGGACACCCCCUCCAAAAAAAAAAGAAUAACUUGACUGUUCAUGACCUUGUUCUUGAAUUAUGUUGUUUUUUUCUUGAUUGAUUAGGCUAAAUAAAGUCUGUUCUAUAUAUUUCAUGUUGUGUUAUUCUGAGUGCUUACACAAGAACUUAGGGUCCCCACCUUUUAAAAAUAU